AUGGCCAACAUGCGCUUCCUCGUGGCGAGGGCCGCCCAGAGCGACUCGGUCCUUACCGGCGUCGACCCCACCGAGUUCAACUCGGGCAAUCCGAUCCGCCUCUUCAUCAUCCAGGCCGCCAUCAUCAUCGUCUUCACCCGCAUCCUUGGCUUCUUUUUGCACAAGAUCAAGCAGCCCAGCGUCAUUGCCGAAGUCAUUGGCGGCAUCCUGCUCGGCCCGACGGCGCUCGGCCGGAUCCCCGGCUUCACCGAGCACAUCUUCCCCAAGCCCUCACUGCCCUACCUCAACCUCGUCUCCACCCUCGGCCUCACCCUCUUCCUUUUCCUCGUCGGCCUCGAGGUCGACGUCCGCGUCAUCCGCCGCAACGCCAAGGAGUCGCUCACCAUCAGCGUGGCCGGCAUGGUGCUGCCCUUUGGCCUCGGUGCCGCCGUCUCGGUGGGCAUCUACAACACCUUCAUCGACAAGAGCUCGGUGUCGUUUGGCAACUUUGUCCUCUUUGUCGGCGUGGCGAUGGCCAUCACCGCCUUCCCGGUGCUGGCGCGCAUCCUGACCGAGACCAAGCUGCUCUACACCCGGGUCGGCGUGCUCACGCUGGCGGCGGGCGUCGGCAACGACGUCGUCGGAUGGAUCCUCCUCGCCCUCACCGUUGCCCUCGUCAAUGCGUCGAGCGGCCUGACUGCGCUCUACAUUCUCCUCUGCACCGUCGGCUGGGCCGCCUGCCUCUACUUCCUGGUCAAGCCCGCCUUCACCUGGCUGGCGCGCAGGACCGGCAGCUUUGAAAACGGGCCCAACCAGGUCAUGAUCAUGGUGACGCUGCUGCUCGUGCUUGUCAGCGCCUGGAUCACCGACAUCAUCGGCGUCCACCCCAUCUUUGGCUCGUUCCUCGUCGGCCUGAUGGUGCCCCACGAGGGCGGCUUCGCCAUCGCCCUGACCGAGAAGAUGGAGGAUCUGGUCGCCGUCGUCUUCCUGCCCAUCUACUUUGCCCUCUCGGGCCUCAAGACCAACCUCGGCGACCUCAACUCGGGCACCGCGUGGGGGUACACGAUCGCCCUCAUCUUCAUCGCCUUCUUCUCCAAGUUUGUCGGGUGCGCCGGCACCGCCCGCCUCUUUGGCUUCAACUGGCGCGAGUCGGCCGCCAUCGGCACCCUCAUGUCGUGCAAGGGCCUCGUCGAGCUCAUCGUGCUCAACAUCGGCCUCUCAGCCGGCAUCCUCGACACCCGCGUCUUCUCCAUGUUUGUGCUCAUGGCCGUCAUCUCGACCGUCAUCACCACGCCCUUGACCCUCUGGAUCUACCCGGAGCAGUACCGCACCACGCUCGACGACCACGGCGCCCACUCGCACCACGGCAAGUCGAUCCUCGGCGGCGGCGGCGACGACGACGGCAGCAGCAGCGGCGACGGCGGCAGCAAGGGCGCCAAGAAGCUCUUGGUCGUCCUCAGCAGCUUCGAGCACCUCCCGGGCCUCAUGACGCUCGUCCAGCUGAUGCAGCCCUCGCUUGCCUCGGCGACGGCGCCGGCAGUCACCGACGGCGGCCUUCGCAGGCGCCACCACAAGGAGUCGAGCGGCAGCGAAAAGGGCGCCGAGGCCGACUUGGCCGACUCGAGCGAGGGCUCGAUCAAGGACGAGGCCGACCACGACGCGAUCCAGGGCACCCCGGUGCUGUCCUCGGGCGCGCCUUACGCGUCUGCCGCCGCAGCCCGUCCGGCCGACAUCAGCAUCGACGCUCUCAGGCUGGUCGAGCUGACCGAUCGCACCUCGGCCGUCAUGAAGGUGUCCGAGUCCGAGGACACGAUGCGCGCCGACCCCAUCAUCAACGUCUUCAGCACGUUCGCCCGCCUCAACGGCCUCCCCGUCUCGUCGUCGAUGGCCGUCAUCCCGCAGGACGAGUAUGCGCCCACGGUCGCCAACCGGUGCCGCAUCACGGCCUCCAACUUCAUCGUCCUGCCCAUGACGCUGGGCCAGUCCAUGUCUACGUCGCAGCAGCAGGCGGCGCUGCAGCAGUCGACGACGCUGCCCAACCCCUUUGACGGCAUCUUUGGCGCGCGGCCCGCCAACGCCGACGGCAAGCAGCAGCGCUACUCGCCGCACCACUUCAACUUUGUCCGCCGCAUCAUCCAGACGGCCGAGACCGACGUCGGCCUGCUCAUUGACCGCAACGUCGCCGCUUCCUCGGGCUACUCGGCGGCCGGCCACGGUCCGCUGGCCCGCGUUGCCCGACCCAAGCACAUUGUCCUGGGCUUCAUGGGUGGGCCCGAUGACCGCGCGGCGCUCGAGCUCAUCACGCGCCUGUGCGGCUCCAACAAGUCACUGUCGGCCGUCGUGCUGCGCUUCCAGCGUAUCUCGCCCGAGGACGCGGGCGAGUCGGCGCUGCCCGCCGUCCCGCCGACGAUCCACCACGAGCUCUCGCUGCCACAGCACACGACGCGCUCGGGCGCCAACAACGCCGACACCAUGUACCCGACCCAGUACCAGCAGUCGGCGCUUGAAGCGACGCUCGAGGACGACCUGGCCGUCAAGCGAGUCGAGCAAGAGAUCGAGGCGGGACGCUACGACGGACGCAUCCGCGUUCAGGACGUCAGCACGGCGCGGCCGCUGCGCGACCUGAUCAAGGCGGUCGAGGUCGAGCAGCCGGCCAUUGUCAUGGUGGGCCGCGGCCGCCGCCAGCCGACGAUGACGCACCGCGACGAGCUCAAGCACCUGCUCCUGCACGGCGUCGACCAGGACGGCGCCACUGCGGCCACGACGCCUGCUGCCGAGUCGUCGCGGGAGGCGGCCAAGGACCGCGCCAUCGACUCGGAGACGUGCAAAGUGAUCGGCGAGCCCGCCAUGGCGCUGACCAUGGCCACCUCGUCGGCGAGCACCCUCGUCAUUGCUGCCGGCUUCAACAUCUCGGCCCGUCAGCUUCCGGCUUGA